AUGGAUGCUACAUAUAAAACAAACAAGUAUAAUCUUCCUUUUCUAGAAAUUGUUGGUGUCACUUCUACAAACAAGACAUUUUCCAUAGCCUUUGCAUUCAUGCAUAAUGAAAAAACGAGCAACUAUAUAUGGCCAUUGACUUGUUUGAAAUUGACGAUUAACGAUUCUUUUUGUCCUCGUGUUAUCGUCACUGAUAGAGAUUUGGCAUUGAUGAAAGCAUGUGGAGAUGUCUUUCCACAAAGUAAUCAUUUACUUUGUAGGUGGCAUAUAUUCAACGAUAUAACAAAGCAUUGCAGACAACGAAUCAAACCACAAAAGACUUGGAAUUCUUUUCAUCUAAAGUGGACGAAGUUAGUCGAAUCUCCAACACUAAAUGCAUAUAUGCAAAAUUAUGCAGACCUUCAAACAUUAUUGUUCGAACAUGCAGAUGUUUUUGAUUAUCUUUAUACUGUUUGGUUGGGGAAGUAUGCUGAAAGAUUUGUAUCGUUGUGGACUGACAAACAUGUCAGUUUUGGAAAUUCAACAACAAACAGAGUCGAGAGCCAACACGCCAAGCUGAAAAAACACCUGGAAUCUGGGAAAUGUGAUUUGGACAAAUUCAUACGUGUUAUUGAAAAAGUUGUACAAUCACAAGAAACCACUAUCAAAGAAACUUUCACACGCUGCAUAAUCACUUAUAUGCCAAGGUUUAAGGAUCAAAUAUUCGAAGUACUGCGAAAACGUGUUUCAGUGCAUGCUAUGGAUAAAAUAUUGGAAGAGCUUCAUCGGUCAAAAAGAUUUGUACCAACUCCUGAGAAUUGUGGAUGUCAAUUGCGGACAUGUUUUGGAUUACCAUGUGCUCACGAAUUUGUGAUGUAUGUCGGUACAGGUUCACCUAUUCCAUUAGAUUCGGUUGAUGCUUUUUGGAGAAAGCUUGAUUUGACGCCUUCUAUAUCUGUGGAAUAUGGUGAUCUUAAUGUUGAUCAUCGUAUGCAAAGGUUUAAAGAGAUAUACAACAUUCAACCAGAUCAUAUCAAAUAUAAUUAUUUAAGGAGAAUGGAGGAGAUAACUGAUCCAUCAACGAAUUUGAUCAAUGAACCUUCGGUUAAGAAAAAUAAUCGUGGACGCCCAAAAAUAAAGCGUGUCAAACAUCAAAGUCAAGCUCCUCACAGAUACAGUUGUUGA